UCUUUAUCUCUUGAACUCUUACGGUUAUCACCGCAAAAAUUGAGUUCAUGUUUAGUUUGAAUCAAUCUCACAAUCAAGUACGAUGAAAUUACUGUUGAUUUCAAUUUUAUGUGUAGCAGGAACUUUUUCUGCACCAGUAGUAGAUGAAGAUGUUAGAAUAGUAGAAAAUAAUGAUAUUGGAAAUUCCAAUGAAAUCGGGGAAAAUGUUCCUAAAGAAUUAAAAAAAUUAGAUCUGCCAAAAUCAACUUCCAUCCAAACAUUUGAAGAAGUAGAACGAAUCACUAAAAUUUGUAUGGAAGAAACAAAAGUCGAUAAAAAUAUUGUCAGUAAGGUUUUAACUGAUUAUAUUAUUCCCGACGAUUCAAAAUAUGGAAAAUUCCUCGCCUGCAGUUAUAGAAAACAGAAAUAUUUGAAUGAAAAAGGAGAAAUCCAGUUUGAAAAUAUCAUGAGAUUUCUAUCUAGAUAUUAUAAAAAAGAAGACUUGGAGGUUUUGAAAGUUUGUGGAGAGUUGAAGCAAACUGAUAAUGGUGCUGAUAAUGCUUUAAAUACUUUGAAAUGUAUUCUACCCAAGCUUUUACCUAUUCAAGAAAUAUUCAAUGAAUAAAAAAAUUGAGCUCUAAUCUAUUUAAUUGUAAAAAUAUAAAUCAAAAAACUAUAUUAACACACAAAUGGUUGGAGACUAUAUUUUAUGAUCUAAAUAUCCUCAUGUUGUGGAAUAAAACUAACAAUUAUAUAAUUAAAAAAUA